UUUGACAAUGUCAUCAGUGGGACGGAGAUAGGACAUUUUAGAAGAAAAUUGUGAAAAGAAAGAUCGAUCGCUGUAAAGAUUUGUCACGUCGACAUGAUAAUUUAUCAAUAGUCUUCUAAAUGUGUGCACUUUUGGACUUUAACCCAAUGGAGUUGUUUUGUGAUCACAUAAACACGGAAGCAGACGAGACUGAAUAAACAGCAUGGAUCCAGUGGGAGUGAAUUCAAUAGAGACUGCAGCUCUGGGGAGACCCUUCCAGCUGGGGAUGCUGUAUGACUGCAGGAGAGAUGCUCUUGUACCAGGAAUCAGACUUUGGAGUAAAGAGCAGCAGCAGCAGAACAUAAGCACUGAACCACAGAGUAAUACAGUGUUCACAGUCACUGCUUCAGACUCAAUUGAGGACAAAUCUAGAUUGCUGAAUAUUGAUGGUUGUCUGAAACUGAGUUUUUUAGGUGGACUCAUUAAUGUGGGUGGAGCUGCCAAUUAUCUCAAAGACACCAAGAAGUCAUUCAAUCAACAAAGACUGACAUUACAUUAUCAAUCGACCACUGAGUUUAAAGAACUGGUCAUGAACCACUUUCCUUCUGGAGAAAUGGCUCAUUAUGAGGAUGAUGUAGCCACACAUGUAGUGACAGCAGUGCUGUAUGGAGCGGACGCCUGCUUUGUGUUUGACAGAGAAGUUUCAUCAGAUGAAGAUAAAAGGCUGAUAGCAGGAGAACUGAAAGCUGCAUUAGAGCCGCUAAAAUGUGUUUUUUCAAACAUUAAUCUGAAUGACAAUCAGAAGACUGCAGCCCGAAAAUUCAGAUGUACAUUUCAUGGCGACUUCCAGCUUCCAUGUAAUCCAACCUCUUUUGAAGAAGCUGUGAAGGUUUUUGAAGAUCUUCCCAAACUGCUGGGAGAAAACCAAGAGCUUGCAGUUCCUCUGAGAGUCUGGCUUUAUCCUUUAGACAAACUUUUCUCAAGAGUUGUGAAGUUUCAGCAUGAAAUCAGCACAGGUCUAAGCACAGAGAUCGAAUCUGUAAUUGAGAGUUUGAGUACGACUUAGAUGAAAUGCAGUGAUCUUCUGACAGA